GUCUCGGCUCAUUUUAACCGACAGCCGAGCCCACCCUCGUCCCACAGACCCAGCGAUAGCGGCGGCCGGCGGUAGCAGCGAGAAAAAGCGCGGGGGGAGGAAUUAAAAAAAAGACCCUUUCUUUUAAAACAAAUAAAAAAAAAUCCCCUCAGGUUUCUGUUGGUAGUUUUAUUGCGGCCCACCCCUUUUUUUUUACCUCACACACUCACACCUCACCACCCCAUCAUCCGUCGGCUGGGAGGCUCUGCCUGCCCGUUAUUAUCCGAGCAGCCGAGAGAAGGCGAGCCUGUGUGCGGGAAGAGCGGCGACAGGGGCGAUUAUGGCUGGCUGGAACGGUUAUGUCGAUAACCUGAUGGCCGAUGGAAACUGCCAGGACUCCGCCGUGGUCGGCUACACCGACGCCAAGUACGUGUGGGCAGCGUCGCCCGGAGGCACCUUCUCGGUGGUCACGCCUCCAGAAAUAGAUGUGCUGGUUGGAAAGGAUCGUCAGAGUUUCUUCACCAAUGGCUUGGUCCUGGGUGGAAGGAAAUGCUCCGUUAUCAGAGAUAGCCUGUUUGUUGAUGGUGACUGCACAAUGGACAUCAGGACAAAGAGCCAAGCUGGAGAACCAACAUACAAUGUUUCUGUAGGCAGAGCUGGCAAAAUCUUGGUCUUUGUAAUGGGAAAAGAAGGGACCCACGGAGGAGUCUUGAAUAAGAAGGCAUUCGCAAUGGCAAAAUACUUGAGAGAGACUGGGUUCUAGUUGGCCAGGAUUGCUAUUCAGUAGUUUAAAAAAAAAUUGCUAUUAAAGUUUCCUUUAGCAGUCACCUACUCUUUCACGUUGAAGUUACGGAAAGUUUAAUAGCAAUGCAGGGUUUUGGGGGUAUGAGCCCAUGUCUCCUUUGUAUCCCUGUACUGGUGGGGAAAGUUUAAAUUUUCAUUUUUUUUCCUUAUGUACUCCAGCAUUGGUUGUAGUCAUGGGAAAGAAAAGUGUCCAUGGAGGGGUAGUCAACAAGAAAACAUUUACCAUGGCUACAUACCUGAGGAAUUCUGGAUACUAAGCAGCCUCUCCCCAUCCACCUAGCAACUCAUUCACCCUUGCCACCACCCAGUUGCAUUGGCAGUGCUACCAGACUGUAGUUGGUUAGAUUUUUUUUAAUUUAUCCAUUUAAUUCCCUUUGCCCCUUUACCACUUAAUUGUAAUAACAUUGUAGAUGUAAUGGAAAGUAAAUCCCCUGUUUUGGCACCAUUAGCACAAUAACUAAAUGGUGAUAUGCAUGUUAUUACUUUUGAUAUUGUUGCAAACAAUUGGGCUGACUUGCUAAGCCUGGGCAUUGCUUUGUUUUAGCAUUUAGAAAGUUUAUUGGCAUCCAAAGUCACCAAACCAGGUUCUGAUUAUUCUCUAUCUCCCUUCCCUUCCCCAUUGAAGUACUUAGUGAAAAUAAAUUAAAAGGUGCUGGUAGUACAAUCUUAAAUUUAAGUGUUGCUGAGACAGCACUUUCAGCAGUUGCGUAGCUUUUUUAGUCUUCCUUUUUGUUUGAGCAUGUUGGAAGAGAGAGUGCAUGCAUAUUUUUUGCCAUAAUGUUCCUGACUUAGGUUAUACUUUCCUUGUAACUUCAUUGCCCAUUGACAUUGCUAAAGCACCUGGAUUUUUAGUUUCAAAACCUGUUUACGUCUGUGGAUAACUUUCCAGCAGCUUUGAAGGUGCACUCUUCAAUAUAAACUUGACGAGUAUUAAAUUUUUUGCAUCUUAACCUCAUGGGAUGUGAUUACAAAAUUGCUUUUGGAAUGUGUAAAUUAUUUUCCCAUGGACAUGCCACAAUUCUGACUCCGAUCAGUUUAUUCUCCAGGAACAUUCCAUCUUCGCAAUAGCUCAGGCACUUAAAUGUUGUUUUGCCAGCUCCUUUAAUGUGAGUUUAACUUUUUAAUAAAGGUUGCCACUUUGGACAAUAAAAAUCCCAACGUAACCAUCACAAAUGUGUCCAGUUUUGAGUGCUUCAUAGGACCAAUUAACUUGCAGCUUGGGGGAUCUUAAGAGGGCAGACUGCUGUAAAAUGAUGAUGUAAAGGAUUACUGCCACCCCUCAAUACUAUAUUGGCAAUUUAGAUAAAGAUAUGCUAGCAUGUCCAUGAAUGUUGAUGAUUUGAAAAUCAAAUACUUCUGUUAGUAUCUGAUAAAGGGUGGCAGUCUUCUAUAUAGAAAUCAAACUGUUGAAAAAUUUUCAAAUCAAGGGAAUUGAUGCAUUAGACCUGGUAAGCUCAUGCUGCAGAAGGAAACUGUGGAAGAAUUGACUUGUGCUCCUAGUUGUUUUGAAAUCUGUGGAAAUGUCUGUUUUGAGCACGGUACUAACUUAUGUUCAGUUCAAACAAAGCUACAAAAGUUCUGUAUUCACAAAUGAAUAAAAUGGGAGAUGGUAUUGGUUGGAAUAAUCACACUUGGCUGUCUUGUGAAAUUAUUUUGCAAUUGUUUGUGUAUCCUGUGCCAUACAUACUGCAUAGAGAUUUGCUCUUGUGAGAUGGAUUUUAACUGCCGCUGCAAGGCUUUCAGUUGAACGGCACUUCCUUAGGGGCGUUACUCUAGCAUAUACUAAAUGUUCAGGCCUUGUGAAAUAUGUACAGAUUUAAAAAUUCUUGUUGCUGACUUGUCCAUUUUCUUUCCCUGCACUUUUGUUACAUCUGGGAUACAGUCUAACUCAUCUGAUUUUAAAAUGCAUUUACAGAAUGCCAUAACUGUUAAUCCACCUUGUUUACAGACAGAUGAAAUAAAUUUAUUCCAACCAUA